AUGGCGGGCUCUGCCAAGUACACACCUCCUCCCUCUCCUCCAUCACCAACAGCUUCAUUCUAUGACCUGAGUGAUGACGAUGAAGACGAGUAUAACACCAUCGCUCAUGCAAGCUCAGGCCGUGGCGUGAAAUUGCUUUAUACCAAAAGCAAAGUUUACGUCCAUCCUACCCCAUCAGCAAAGGAUAAUAUCCCUGGUUUUAUCGCCCUCAUUCAACAGAAGCCUCCACCUAACGGCUCAGCGCCCCCAUCAGCUUCCCGCAAUGACGCAUCAUCAUACCACCUUGCCUGGGUACCCGAAGCAUCACUCGGCGAGGCCUAUAGUACCUACGUGAAAGUUGAUCUUGCGGAUGAUUCAUUUACACCAAAGCAGAGAUAUCUUGUUCCGCCGCUUCCGACAACCACCACCUACCGCGAUCCUGUUGGUCUAUACUCAUUCGCUAUCCCAGUAUCGGAAAUAUAUUCUCUCUUAGUGCGUCCUCCAAGCUUGGGGUGGUGGUUCGGAAGUGUCGUGAUCAACACUCGUGCAGGUGAUAGUUUCCCCGCAUUGUUCUUCCACGAUAGCGAGUGUGAAUCUACAAUACUACAGAAGAAAAAGUUAAUAAAAGGCUUUGACCCUUUCGGUACUGAAGGCGGUUUAUUCUGGGGUGGCGACGAAGUACUACGGUGGCUGCGAAGUUACGUCGAAGUACAACGAUCAGCGGUUGACACAAAUGUCUAUCUGAUCAACCCUUCAGAGGAAGAUUCCUUGUCCUUUGGUGCAGGAAACACGACCGUGAAUAAAACACAGCCCGAAACUGCAUCUGCAGGGCCACACGGGAGUGGGGAUGCCACUAUGGAUCCCUUCAUGAAGACACUCAAAGAGACAAGGUGGAAAGUCCUUGAGCAGUUGAGCAAGAUCACGACGUUCACGAGAAAGACCGCCAACGAUAUUGCCGAAAACCCAAUAAUUCCACCACAAAUGCGACGUCUGAUGAAGAACCCUGAGAUCCAGACUCUUCAAGACGAGUUCGACAGUGCCAGAAUAUACCUUGCACGGUGGGCCAUGAGCAUCGCUGAGCAAAGCGAGAAAGAGCGAAAUCAGCGCAUUUGGACGGCGCAAGAUGUUCUCGAGUCUGAAAAUAGUUCUGUGGGGGAUUUUGAGAUCCUAGAGCUCGAAUCUGGGAAUCUUGGCAUUCAAGAGCGGCGGCGUAUCGUUACAAUGUCGGAGUGGGAGGGCUUUUUUGACCCGAUAUCGGGAAGACUGCAAGUAACGGUUGAAGAGGUCAAGGAGCGCAUUUUCCACGGAGGCCUAGACCCGAAUGAUGGUGCACGAAAAGAGGCUUGGCUAUUUCUUCUUGGUGUGUAUCCCUGGGAUAGCAGUCGUGAAGAACGCCAAGCCAUGAUGAAUUCCAAACGGGAUGAGUAUAUUCGCUUGAAAGCAGGCUGGUGGGAACGACUAGUCGAGGGAAAUUCGACGGCAGAGGAGCACGAAAACUGGAAAGAGCAGCGCAAUCGGAUAGAGAAGGAUGUUCACCGCACCGAUCGUACAAUUCCGCUGUUUGCCGGAGAAGAUACUCCUCAUCCAGAUCCAGACUCCCCAUUUGCAGAUGUUGGCACAAAUGUGCAUCUUGAACAGAUGAAAGACAUGCUUCUGACAUACAAUGAGUAUAACCCAGAUUUGGGUUACGUGCAAGGCAUGAGCGAUCUUUUGGCUCCUCUAUACGCUGUCAUGCAGGAUGAUGCGGUGGCUUUCUGGGGAUUCGUUGGAUUCAUGGAUCGAAUGGAGCAAAAUUUCCUCCGUGAUCAGUCCGGGAUGCGCUCACAACUCCAGGCCCUGGACCACCUUGUCCAGCUAAUGGAUCCCCAACUGUAUCUGCAUCUUCAGUCGGCUGACAGCACGAACUUCUUUUUCUUUUUCCGCAUGCUGCUAGUUUGGUACAAGCGCGAGUUUGAGUGGACCGACGUUCUCCGUCUUUGGGAAACAUUGUGGACAGACUACUUCUCUAGCAGUUUCCAUUUGUUUAUUGCCCUCGCCAUUCUUGAGAAGCAUCGUGAUGUCAUUAUGGAUCAUUUGAAGCAUUUUGACGAAGUAUUGAAAUACAUUAAUGAGCUAUCGAACACAAUGGAGCUGGUACCCAUUCUUACUCGAGCUGAAUCUCUCUUUCACCGCUUCGAGCGCUCUGUGCAGGCGAUUGACAAGAAGGAUAAUUUCCCCGCAGCACCAACUGCGAUGCAACGCCACCCAACUCGUGGUACAAGCUCUGACUCUGGCACUGGAAAGGGAAAGGCUCCACAGCAAGCCACAGUCGGUGCCAGCACUGGCGUGAACACCGGUUCCUCAGCUUUACAGAAAAUCCUCGAUGCUGAUAAACCAAAGGUUAUUUCCCCAGAGCUACGGGGGCUUUUAAGAAAGGAUAUUCCAUGGAAGCGCCAGACUCCAUCUUGA